AUGGCUAUAUCGAUAUUGGUGUUAGCAAGCAUUGGCCGCAUCGGGGUGAAAGCUCUCUACGACCCAACCAGAAAAUACGCAGGCUAUCAGAAAAGAAACAUACUCAACUUGAAACCCAACGCAGAGCUUCGGGUGGUGGCAUGCAUCCACAAACCAAGCCACAUAACUUCCAUAAAAAACGCUCUUGACAUCUGUUGCCCCGCACCAAACAACCCCUUACUGGCUCACGUCUUGCAUCUCAUAGAGUUAGUCGGUAGAUCCUCUCCCAUCUUCAUCUCACACCGUGUCCAAGAAAGGGUCGACUCAAACCACAACUAUUCCGAAGAUGUCAUUGUAGCAUUCGACCUCUUCGAACAUGACAAUGCGGGAACUGCAUUAGUUAACACCUACACAGCCAUAUCUCCCUUCCGUUUCAUGCAUGAUGAUAUUUGUUACCUUGCGUUGGACAAACUCGCUUCCAUCAUCAUUCUUCCAUUUCACGUGAGAUGGGGUGAGGAUGGUUCCAUCGAAUCAACAGAUAAAAACAUAAGAACUCUCAACUCUAGGGUUCUCGAAAGGGCACCAUGCUCCGUGGGGAUUCUUGUGAGUCGAGGCUCUUCUUCUUCUACUCACAACAACAACAACAAUGAUAACUCAAUAAAGCGAAUAGCAAUGAUCUUUUUGGGGGGUUUGGAUGACAGAGAGGCAUUGUGCUUGGCUAAGAGGGUCAUCAAAGAUUGUGCUUGCAACUUGGUUGUGUACCACUUGGUCUCGGGCCCUGGUGAGGCCAACUGGGACCUGAUGCUUGAUGAUGACGUGCUCAAGAGUGUUAAAGGGUUAUAUGGUCACAUUCAGAAUGUGUCGUAUGAAAAAGUUACCAUAGAGGAACCUUCUCAGACCAGCACUUUUGUGUCAGAUAUUGCAAAUCAACAUGAUUUCUUUAUAGUUGGGAGACGUAAUGGGAUCAAAUCACCUCAGACAGAAGCACUUGAAAGAUGGACAGAGUUUUCUGAGUUGGGUGUGAUUGGAGAUUUGCUUGCUUCCUCGGAUACCAUUACCAAUGCUUCAACUUCAAUUUUAGUAGUCCAACACCAACAAAUGAUCAAGUCCUGA